AUGAACCUUUUUCGGCGAGCCCAAUUUUCUCUUCUUGUCGCCGCUUCUCGUCCUACAAAUAGACAACAAUUCAUUCGUCAGUAUGCCUCAGAAACUAACCAAGAAGUUCGUAAAGAAGGAUUCGGUUCGCCCGUGUGGAGAAACACUUUGAUUGUGUGUCUGAUUGGAUUUGCUUGGUACCACUUUGAUAACUACCUUACAAAACAUGGCGAGGCAUGUCAAUUUCCGCAAAAAGCAUCCCGUUACAGAGAAUCUUCGAUGACUCCGGAUUCUGAGUGGAAUCGAAUUACUUUAAACAACCUUAAAUACAAAAUAACCAAUGCAAAAGAAAACCUGCUUAUAAAAGAAGCACGACCACCUCCAAUGUACCGAUUUGCAUAUCCCGAACAGUUUGAGUUAGCGAGCCCCUUUCUCAUUGAACCUGGAACCGAUGUUGAUCUUUCGGACUUGGUCGUCAAAACAUACGAAGAUGACCAUUCCUAUUCUAAAGUUAAAUGA